GUCUCCAGAUUCCUAUUCUGCUUGACUUCCUGCCCUGCCCUCCCUCAGUGAUGAACUGUUACCUGGAGGUGUAAGGGAAACAAGCCCCUUCUGCCCUAAGUUGCUUUUGGUCACAGUGUUUUAUCGCAGCAAUAGAAGUCCUAACUAGGACAGCAUCUGCCUGCCUGCCUGCCUGCCUGCCUGCCGAGUGCUAGGAUUACCACCUUGUGGCUUUAUGUGGGGCCGGGGCUUGAACACAGGGCUUUGUGCACGCUAGGCAAAUAAUUCUACCAACUGAGCUAUACCCAGGCCCUGUACCUUACGUUUUAAAAAAUCCAACAGGUCUGAAGGAGAAUGGCUUCACCCGGCCCUUCUACCUUCACAGCUUUGCAGCAUCCAGCCUUCUAGAACUGGAUUCUCAGUCACCUGUUAGCUGACUCCGCUCUGGCCUGGCCGGAGUGAGUAGGACAGAUGGCAAGGUCCACAGUACGGGGGAGGGGGUUCCACAGUCCUGCCUUCUCUGUCAUUCCCAGGACAGCUCCAAAGUUCACCCUGAGCACUGGGGGCACUGCCCUUCCUCCCUCGCCAGGAGAAGAUGUAAGCCCGGGACUGACGAUGCAGAAUAAAGGUGGUAGACGCAGCCCCUGAAGGCUGCUAGAGCAGGCCUGCUCCUCCCACACAGCCCCAGGUUCCAGUGGGUGGAGACAGGGUGUGGAGGGCAGCAGGUGUGCAGGUCGGUUGCACCCAGGAAUAGGACUUCCUCCAGCUACUCUUGAAGGUUGGCUUCCAGCUCAGGCUCUGUGACAAUAUUGGACCUGACCAGCUGGACUCUGGACACUGCAUGUGGCCUUUUUUUACUGUGGCUGUCCUGGCUACUGACCUGGCCAAGGGAGGCUAUCUGAGUCCCACACUUGACAACAUCUGAGCUCUGCUCCGCCUGCCAUGGGACUCUCCUGGAAGGAACGGGUCUUCAUAGCCCUCUUAGGGAUUGCAGCAGCCUCUGGCCUCACCAUGCUCAUCCUCAUCCUGGUGAAGGCAACCGAUGUCUUCCUGCCUGCAGACACCAAGUUUGGGAUCGUGUUUGACGCCGGCUCCUCCCACACAUCCCUGUUUGUGUACCAGUGGCCAGCAAACAAGGAGAAGGACACAGGAGUGGUCAGCCAGGCCCUGACUUGCCAGAUAGAAGGACCUGGGAUCGCUUCCUACACCUCGGACCCAACACAGGCUGGGGAAAGCCUGAAGGGCUGCCUGGAAGAGGCACUGGCUUUGAUCCCACAGACCCAGCACCAAGAGACGCCCACAUUCUUGGGGGCCACAGCAGGAAUGAGGCUGCUCAGCCAGAAGAACAGCUCUCAGGCGAGAGACAUCCUAGCUGCAGUCUCCCAGACACUGAGCAACUCUCCUGUGGAUUUUUGGGGUGCUAAGAUCCUGGCUGGGCAAGAUGAAGGUGCUUUUGGUUGGAUCACUAUCAACUAUGUCCUGGGAAUGCUUCUCAAGUAUUCCUCUGGACAGUGGAUCCUGCCUGAAGAGAGGACACUGGUUGGUGCUCUGGAUCUGGGUGGGGCCUCCACCCAGAUCAGCUUCGCGCCUCAGGGCCCCAUCCUGGACCAGAGCACCCAGGCUACCUUCCGUCUGUACGGUGCCAACUACAGCAUCUAUACUCACAGCUACCUCUGCUUCGGGCGGGACCAGGUCCUGACAAGGCUCCUGGCUAAGCUGGCACAGGUUAGGCUGGUACAGAACAGCUCCCUGGUCAGACACCCAUGCUACCAUAGCGGCUACCUGGCCACACUGCCACUGGCCCCGCUGCAUGAGUCGCCCUGUGUCCACACUACAGAUUCCCUGAACCUCACCCAGAACCUCACAGUUGAAGGGAUCGGCAACCCUGGGGAAUGUGUGGCAGCCCUCCGGAGUCUCUUCAACUUCUCCAGCUGUGAGGACCAAGAAGACUGUGCUUUCAACGGAGUGUACCAGCCUCCUGUGCAUGGCCAGUUCUAUGCAUUUUCCAACUUUUACUAUACUUUCGACUUCCUGAACCUCACCUCCAGGCAGCCGCUGCACAUUGUCAAUGACACUGUCUGGAAGUUCUGUCAGAAACCCUGGAAACUGGUGGAAGCCAGCUACCCGGGGCAGGAACGCUGGCUACGGGACUACUGUGCCUCAGGCAUGUACAUCCUCGUAUUGCUGCUGGAGGGCUACAAAUUCAGGGAGGAGAACUGGCCCAGCAUCCAGUUCCAGAAGCAGGCAGGUGGCGUGGACAUUGGCUGGACCCUGGGCUACAUGCUGAACCUUACAGGCAUGAUUCCAGCUGAGGCACUGACCCAGUGGCGGGCUCAGAGCUACAGCAUCUGGAUGGCUGGAGUAGUGUUCGCAGUGCUGACUCUCGUGGCCAUUCUAGGGGCAGCCGCUGUCCAGCUCUUCUGGACCCAGGACUAGGUAAAAACCAAGCUGAAGUAGAUCACGGACCACAACGCAUCUAAAGCAGGGACCACGUUGGGAUUCAACAGCAACAAUGUAACUGUUUGUGUUGUCUACACUGUGAGCUACUAUCAAUGGCCCUUAGGAAAGAAAGCCGUUGGCACACAGGACCUGCUGGGCACAUCCUGGAUGUCUGCCCUCAUGAACCCCUGACCCUGAAGGGCUCCAGUCCAUUGAGCAAACCAAUUCCUGAUAGUACUGACUCCCGUCUUCCCUCAGGGUGGCACUGGCUAUGGGGUCUGCAGUCUUCCAAGGGGUGGAAAGAGGAGGGGCUCCUGUGGAACUAGGACCCCUCCGAAGGCCGUGACCAGCCCAGCAGAGACCCCUGCUUCCUCACUAUAAUCAGACUGGGACGGACAGUCAGAAUCCAGGUCUGUGGGCCAGUCCAGCUCCCCUCUCCCAAGAACUUUUGGUUGGAUCCCCUUUAUCAUCAACCCUAGAAGACAGGCCAUAUGGGGGGGUAGUGUUUGUUUGUUUGUUUGUUUGUUUGUUUAAAUUAAAACUGGUCUUGUCACAACA